CACUUCAGACCAAUGGGGGUCUUAGGGGGGCGGUCCCAGAGACACACACUAGUAUUAAACUGCACCCCUCACCUCCACCUCCUCUCAAAUGCCGGCUGAGAAGGUCUGUCGAGGUGUGGUGCCGUUACUGAUGCUCUUGCCUACUGGGAUCUCAUGCGUACAUUUCGCAUUUUAUCAGUUGGUUUGUUUCGAUCGGCGAGCUGUAAUCGGGGCUUUGAUAUGCUCACUGUGGUGACCGAUGUCCCUGGGAUACUGUUAUUGUCCACCGGGAUGACCGAGUCGCAGAACGACACCCGCCGAGUCUUGAACGCCUCGACAGGAGGGCAUCACUUCAGCACCCUCGACGAUAUCGAUGUGACCGCGGACGCCAGUCCGGUGCUGAGAAUCUUCAUCUCCAUCGUGUACUCUGUUGUUUGCGCAGCAGGGCUGGUGGGCAACUUGCUGGUUUUCUUUCUGAUGAAGACGAAGCAAGGCUGUAAAAAGUCCAAUAUCAAUUUCUUCAUCCUUAACUUAGCGGUCACUGACUUCCAAUUUGUUCUAACCCUACCCUUUUGGGCAGUGGACACUGCUUUGGACUUCAGCUGGCCUUUUGGAGAUGUCAUGUGCAAGAUCGUCCUGUCGGUGACCGUCAUGAACAUGUACGCCAGCGUGUUUUUUCUCACGGCUAUGAGUAUAGCCCGCUACUGGUUAGUCGCCUCAGCUUUGAAGAACAGGAACCGCCGCUUGCCCUGCUCAGUACGCUGGGUCUGCAUGCUGCUGUGGGUCUCCGCCACCGUUGCCACCGCACCCACCACCCUGUUCUCCACGGUGCAUAACGUCGCUGGAGAGAAGCUCUGCCUCCUCCGUUUUCCCGAAGGUCAGCACUGGCUAGCGCUUUACCACCUGCAAAAGAUAAUGAUUGCCUUCGUGCUGCCUAUGGCUAUUCUGUCCAUCUGCUACCUGCUGCUCGUCCGUUUCCUCAGACAGCAGAGCACGAACAAUAACAACCCCAAACGGAGGUCGAGGGUAACUCGCUCGGUCACCGUCGUGGUGCUUUCCUUCUUUUUGUGCUGGAUGCCUAACCAAGCUAUCACAUUCUGGGGGGUACUCGUCAAGUUCAGCGCUGUCCGCUGGGACAAAGCUUAUUACCUCGUGCACACGUAUGUUUUCCCGGUCACCGUGUGCCUGGCUCACGCCAAUAGCUGCCUGAACCCCAUCCUCUACUGCCUCAUGAGACGUGAGUUCAGGAAGAUCCUGCGUGGCCUUUUCUGGCGGAUCUCACCUCCGGUCAACUCAAAUACUUGCCCUCUCCGGCAGUUCUCGGGAUCUUUCAACCCAGCCCAAUAUGACACGCAGGGGGUCAUUCCUGUGAAUGUGACGGGAAUCGAUCCAGGACGAGUGCCUUCGGCUCUCCACGGUGCGUGCAACACCGUACCUUCGUCUAGUACCUUCAUGUAGAUAUAAGUGGGGUAUUUUAAACGAAAGAAGGUCGGCUGUACCUCGUAGAAAAAAAGUAGAUCGAUUAAUCCAGGCAAAGAGCAAAGGAGUGAACCCACGUUGAAUCUGCGAAAACGACCUAGCACCCUAAUGUCAUGGGACUUGCAUACAAAUGCUGCUGCUCACAAGACUUACUAGUCAUCCGCGCUCCGAGAUGCGCAAAUGUGGACACAGUGGGCGGUGGAAUGAAAUAUUUAUUUUCUAUCUCACCUCUAAAUGUGCUUCGUCCCGUCCACGGCGGGUUCCUGGCUGGCGCCUAUUUAUGCCGGUAUAGGUUAUUUUAUUUUAUUUUGGAUAAAGAUGCUUCAGAAAUUGGACGGAUGAACAUUUUAAACGUGAUCAUAACCGCGAUCAAUUUUCAGCCCAUUUGCAAAUACCCAGGCCGUUCAUGAAGAGAAGUUACCGAUUUCCUCCAAACGUAUGGACUAUUUCAUAACAUGUAAAGGGGCGUUCAUGCUUUCCAAGGACAUUUAUGUAUGGUGUGCAUGCGGAUUUCGGAUAAGAACAUAUGUCGAUAUGUUAGUGCGAAGAAAUGAAUGUGUACUCGAUUGUGAGAACACUCGCACGUGAGAACGCACGUGGAAUUAACAAGUGCGUGUACUUUAUGUGUUGGUUGGAAAGAACAUUGGUCUGUGUGAGCACGUCCAUAAAUUACCUCUUGUUAGUGCAAGAGUUACAUGAAUGAGCAAGUUAGCUUGUUUUGAUAAAGAGAAAGGUUUGAAUCGGGGUAAGUCGAUUAAACAAGGAUGGUGUGUCAACCGGGUGUUAUUUACAGUUAACGUCAAGGCACUGGCCAUGGUGCUGAGCAGUCAGUCCCGGCCUAUGGCAGAAUUAAGCCAUCGCACAUAAAAUAAACCUUAGAACCGACAUCAAAAAUGCAUACAUAAUUAUUUUUUUAUAUCUGAUUCGAAUCUGGUAGCUCUGUCUUAUCAUUGCAUGAUUUCCUCCAACACCCACAUAGCUUAUUUAUCAUCAAAAGAUAAAGAUCAUACGUUUUCAUAGUUUAAUUCCACAGAUUUUACUAACCCCUAGACUAGCAAUUGGUUGUAGAUCAAGCCAUAAUUAGAAUCUAAUGUUAAGCGAAUUGUCACGAAGAGCUAUAUAAAUAAAAAGCAACAGGUCAUACAGAGUGAUCCGUUACUAACGGAUAUAAGGGAGAAAAUAGUUAAGAAAAAGAAGGGUUAGCACUUUAAAGACAGUCUUCUUAAAAUUCAAGGGGAUGCACUCACACACUGGAUCAGACCAUUGUCCUCCUGUCUGAAACUCCUCAUUGAACGAUCUGGAAUCUACUUUAGGAUCAGGUUGCCACCAGUGCUUAUGUUCUUGAGACGCUGGUGGUAAUUGACAAAAAGGACAGGAAGAAGAAUUGGUUAUCGAUGCCAUGUUUUGGAUAGAUUGCACUUCAUUUUUUAUUUUAUACUAUAGUGAGAUGAACAAAAAUACAUUAUUCAGGUAACAUUUGCUUGUUUACAAACCAAAGCCUUUUUUCAUUCAAGGAAAAACAUCUAAGAAUUCAGCAUUAUGAGAAAGAUAGAAGCAUGAUGUGACUGUGAGUGAAAUGAACGGAGUGACUAUAUGUGUGGCAAAGGCUGAUGUGUCUGCUGAAUGCGCUCUGCAUCCAUUAUAAGGUAGACAGAUGUGUGUGUGUGUGUGUACGUUAAGCCGGACUCCUCGCCUCCCUUCCCAGCUGUCCGUCUAUUUCUUUUCGUGCCGCUUGAUAACACAGGAGGGAGAGACUGAAUUAUAAAGACCUUAAUCUGUUCUCCAUGCAGAGACACUACCCUUUCAUUGAAGAAUAUACACAUUUUAAAAGAAGAGAAAUAAACAGUCUAUUGGUCGACAAA